AUGCCAAAAAUCGGAGUCUUCCCCGCCUCAGGCGGACUAGGAUCCAGCAUAGUGAAACACCUGCAAACUCUAGUCCCAGCAUCCGACCUCAUCCUCAUCGCACGAAACCCCUCAAAGCUAUCCGAUGAAAAAGAGGCAGGCGCAACAAUUCGUCAAGCAGAUUACGAUGACGCAUCUAGUCUUGAUGAAGCUUUCGAUGGUGUCGACAUCCUGAUGCUGAUUUCCUACGCGUCUUUCGAGAUUGACCAUCGAGUGAACGCUCACCGUCUUGCAAUUGACAAAGCUAUUAAAAGCGGAGUAAAACACAUCUUCUACUCAUCUCUCGCCUUUGCAGGCCUCACAAACAAAAGUCUAGCGCAUGUUAUGGGCGCACACCUCGCGACAGAGGAGUACCUCUCCACAAAGCCUGAAAUCAGCUAUACGGUUGUCCGUGAAGGCUUAUACACCGAGUCCUUCCCCAUCUAUACGGCCUGGUUCGACCCACAAAAUCCCGUUGAUGAAAUCACGAUCCCGCAUUCUGGGGGUGGACCUGGUGUAGCGUGGGUUAAGCGGGAUGAGCUGGGUGAAGCUACUGCCAAACUUAUCGCUUCUUAUGUCCAGGAUCCUACUGCAUUUGGAUAUGUGAAUAAGAUGGUCUUGCUGUCUGGGCAGAGAGUUAUUUCCAUGGCUGAGACAGUUGAGAUCUUGGGACGUGCAAUUGGAAAGGACGUGAGGAUUCGGGAUAUUUCGGUUGAUGAGUAUGCGAAGCUUCCGCAUGACGGGAAGCAUACCUACCAUGGAGUGGAUCUGUCAAAGGAGUGGGCUACGGCUUGGGAGGCUAUCAAGGCUGGCGAGACUGCUGUUGUAUCCCCUGCUAUUGUUGAGAUUCUGGGACGGGAGCCGGAGCGGUAUGAGGAUAGUAUCAAGGAUCUUAUUAGAUCUUGA